AUGUCGCAUUAUCAUGCCGUCCAGCGGUUGCUGUCAGUGUUCCAAAGCCAGGCAUCCGGCGGAGGACAGUCCAUCCUUGACUCCAUAAAAAUUGCCGUACUCCCCAUAGCAAAAGUCUUUACGAUGUGCUUCUUGGGAUUUCUCAUGGCCUCCAAGUACGUCAACAUCUUGCCCGCUUCUGGAAGGAAACUCUUGAACGGGUUGGUCUUCUCGCUUUUGCUACCCUGUUUAAUCUUCUCACAGCUUGGCCAGGCUGUCACUCUCCAGAAAAUGCUAGAGUGGUGGUUUAUUCCCGUGAAUGUUGUCCUGGGCAGCAUCUCGGGAUCAAUCAUUGGAUUCAUUGUUGCAUCCAUUGUGCGACCUCCUUACCCAUUCUUCAAGUUCACAAUCGUACAUAUUGGAAUUGGGAACAUCGGCAAUGUGCCUCUUGUCCUGAUUGCUGCUUUAUGUAGAGAUGCAUCUAACCCUUUUGGCGACUCGGAAAAAUGUAGCACAGAUGGAACUGCUUAUAUUUCAUUUGGCCAGUGGGUUGGUGCUAUCAUCCUUUACACAUAUGUAUUCAAUAUGUUGGCGCCUCCUCCAGAAGGUACCUUUGAUAUUGAAGAUGGAAAUGUUCCAAUCAAGAGCCCUCUAAAAGAUGCACCAUUCGAGCAGCUUCCCUUACUAAGCCAUGAAAACGUGUUUAAAGAGUCGGGGGCUUCAAAGAAGGAAAAGAUUAUGGAAUUUCUAGUUCUACUAUACGAUAAGCUCAAGCUCAAGCAAAUCCUUCAACCCCCAAUAAUUGCUUCAAUAUUAGCUAUGUUUCUUGGUGCAAUACCAUUUCUUAAACGACUGAUUUUCACAAGUGAUGCCCCACUGUUCUUUUUUACCGACAGCUGCAUCAUUCUUGGGGAAGCUAUGAUUCCGUGCAUAUUGUUGGCUUUAGGUGGCAAUCUCGUGGAGGGACCAGGUAGCUCUAAGCUCGGUCUACGGACAACUGCUGCUAUUAUUUUUGGUCGGUUGGUUUUGGUACCCCCGGCUGGCCUUGGAAUAGUUACAUUGGCUGAUAAGCUGGGUUUCCUCCCUGCUGGUGAUAAGAUGUUCCGGUUUGUUUUACUUCUGCAACACACAAUGCCAACGUCGGUCCUAUCUGGUGCGGUUGCCAGUCUAAGGGGUUGCGGAAAGGACGCUGCUGCUGUAUUGUUCUGGGUUCAUAUUUUUGCUGUCUUCUCAAUGGCAGGGUGGAUAGUUCUCUAUCUCCACCUCCUUUUCUAA